UGGCCGUGGUGGUGGCAUUCUUCGUCUGCUGGGCACUUUUCCAAGUGCAGCGACUGUACUCGGUGUUCGGGUUCGCGGGCGAUGACACCACCCACACAGCGUUCCUGGUCCACAAGGUGAUGACGUAUGCCAGCGGGAUCUUCUACUAUCUGUCCACCACCAUCAAUCCCAUCCUGUACAACAUCAUGUCGCUCAAGUUCCGACAGGCCUUCAAGCGGGAUCUUUACUAUCUGUUCACCACCAUCAAUCCCAUCCUGUACAACAUCAUGUCGCUCAAGUUCCGACAGGCCUUCAAGCGGGAUCUUUACUAUCUGUCCACCACCAUCAAUCCCAUCCUGUACAACAUCAUGUCGCUCAAGUUCCAACAGGCCUUCAAG